AUGCUGAAGUUCGCGACAAGCAAUGAAUUGAGAGGAGUGAAUUUCAUUCAGUCCACUGGAUCAUGCUCAUGUCUUUCCAAAGAAAAUACUCGCUACAAUGUUACUGCUGUUGAUCUGACGGCUGCUGGUGCUGGAAGGAUUUGUAAUGUAUUGGAUUGUUUCACUACAGAUUGUCCAGCCAACUUUGACUACGUGGUAGAGUACCACAAGUGCUACAAGAUGCAGUACACACUUCAGAGCUGGAGUGCUGGGAGGUCAUUAUGUAACAGCAUCUCGUCAUCUCAUCCCAUAACCAUUGAUGAUCUCCUGGAAAACACCAUCUCCAUUCAAUACGUCAACUUCACUUAUAUUGGGCAAUGUCCGGCCGGCAUAGGUAACUCUUUAGGAUUUUUUACAAGCGGAUAUCAAACCUUCAUGAACGGUGUUAGAUCAUUUUUCUGGUCACCUUAUCCAGGAGUUUCCAAGCUUGUGCAGAUAGAGGCGUCAGUCUGGUAUCCAGGAGAACCAAACUCUAGAACCGACGGUAGCGACUACUGCAUACAAAGCGUCUUCUAUGAUUAUCCUGGUUGGGAUGAUCAGUAUUGCGGCUUUAAAGAGUGCGUCCUCUGUGAGUAUGAUAUGAGCACCUAA